CGCCUGGCGGCGGCGGCGGCGGCAGCGCAGUUCAAAGGCAGAGCCUGUGCAGAGCGCGCAGCCGCUGCCGUCGCCGCCGCCGCCGCAUGUGCAGGGGCCGCGCGGGGAGGGCGCUGGCGCUGGCGGGUGCCGGCGCCGGCGCCUGGCUCCUCUUCGUCCUGGCCGACGCUUGGCUACCGCACGCGCGCCCCGUGCCCGGGCCGCGCUCCACAGGGCGACUGGGCCGAGGGGUACCGCCUGCUGCUACGCAAGCACCUCCUGGCGCUGCGCUGGCUGGUGCGGUGCUGCGCGCGGGCGCACUUGCUGCUCAAGAUGGACGACGACGUGGCCGCGGACGUGCCCUGGCUGCUGGAGCACGCGCGCCGCCGCCUCCGAGGACGCGAGGGGCAAGCGGUGCUCUUGGGCCACGUGUUGGCGGGCGCCGCGCCGCAGCGUGCGCCGGGCGACAAGUGGCGCCUCUCGCGGGAGGAGUUCGCGGCCGACGCCUUCCCGCGCUUCGUGUCGGGGUGGGCGUACGUGGCGACGGCGGCCGCGGCCAGCGCCCUGCUCCGCAUUGUGGACUCCGCCGCGCGCCCCGCCCCGCUCUGGAUCGACGACGUCUACAUCACCGGGGUACGCACGCCAACAGCCCCGCACUCGGCCUCAGUGCAAGUGAACGCAGCUUCAUUCACAAUCAUUGCUUUAAAAGGGAACAUUAAGGUCAUUUUGGAAUCUCUCUUAAAACAGCCAUGA